AUGUUCAAGUGUGUAGACCCUUUCUUCCUAGCCUCUAUGUUGUUCUGGCCCCAAAAUAUAAAACAACUAAGUGAAGAUUCAAGGAAAAUGGAAACUUUUGUUAAAUGCUUAAAUGAGUCUUUCAAAGAGCUCUAUGGAACUCUGCAUCAUUCCAGGCAGCCUCUGGCUCUUUUCUAUCUGUCAGGUGGUCUGGACAGAUUUGUUCAUAAAGGAAAAGUAGAUCAGCUUCUUAGUUCACUUCCAGAACAUGAACUGAAUUCCCUUUGGCAGAGUGGGAAUAUCUAGGAAACACCUGUUCAAGAUCUUUUGCUUCCUUUGGAUGGAAGAGCUGAGGGUAAUGUUAUCUACAUAGGCUAUGGCAGAAAUGAAAACUUCAGGAUACCAGUGCAGCCUUUUCCCUCACACCUAUUGAAAAAUGGCCCAUAUAUAGAAAGAGUGUCUUUUUACCUUGGGUUUUCCAUUGCUGGUCUCCUGGCAUACAACACACAAAAUCUGUCAUUAAAAUAA